AUGGCACCCAGACGCAAAGUAAAGAUAGCCAGCGCGCGAGAACCAAAUCCCUCCCCCAACGCCCAAUUCAGCGCUCUCUACGCAGCCAACAAGAAACAGAUUGCGUGUGAAGGCGUUAUCGACACUCCUCGGACCGAAGACGAGCCUGCCCGCGCCCACGAGAGCCGCGACAAGGCAUCAAAAGGGUUCCUAAUGGCACUGCAUGCAUUUAGUGUGCCAGAACCUCGUACGCCUGAAUUCUCCGAGCCGCUCUCCUCAGAACAGCGCACGGCGAUCAAAAAGCUCUGGGAGUGGACAAAAAAAGAGAAACAGCGGCGAAUCGAUGGCGAUCCAGCAUCUUCCAUUGCACCCGCACUCAGAGACUUCGCAGCCACCAUUCCAACCACGAAGAGCGCCGAAGGUGGUGAGAUCUGGGUGCCGAUAAACAGGCCUCCGGUAACAGGAUAUGCCGCGCGAGAUGUUGAUGACAUGAGUUCGGAGUCCGAGCCAGACUUUGAUUUACCCGUGCUAUCGACGGAAUUGCAAGCGCUGGUCGAUCUCAACAACCUACCUGUCUUCAUUGAGAAGAAGAAGAUCAAGGAGGGGAUUACGGAGGAGAAGUAG